UCCGGAAGAGCAACUGGUGUUUAAUGGACAAGGAAGAGAUAUUUGUUUACGUUUAGUCUGGAAAUCAAACCAAAUAUUCAUUUUUCGUCAAAUUUCCUAGUUCUUUUUAAAUCGUCAACAUGCCUUUGUUUGCCCAAAAUCCAUUUGACCAGGAUGUCGAAAAGGCAACCAAUGAAAACAACACAACAGACGACUGGGGGAUCAUUAUGGACAUCUGUGAUAAGAUUGGAACGACAGCCAAUGGACCGAAGGACAGCUUGAGAUCCAUCAUGAAGAGAGUCAACCACAAAGUGCCUCAUGUUGCCAUGCAGGCCGUCAAUUUGGUGGGUGCUUGUGUUUCUAACUGCGGCAAAAUAUUCCACCUGGAAAUCUGCUCGAGGGAGUUUUCCAGUGAAGUACGGAGUGUGCUCGGCAGGGCCCACCCUAAGGUGUGUGAGAAGCUGAAGGCUCUGAUGGUGGAGUGGGCUGAAGGCUUCCAGAAGGAUCCACAGCUCAGCCUGAUCAGCGCCACCAUCAAGUCUCUGAAGGAGGAGGGCAUCAGCUUCCCUUCCCCAUCAGGACAGGGGUCCAGCACAAAGGGCAGCACACCUGUUGCGGGCAAAGCCUUGGAUGAUGAGGACAACCUGGCCAAAGCCAUCGAGAUGUCCUUGCAGGAGCAGAAGCAGCAGGUGGAGACGCGACCCCUGGCCCUGACCUCUGACCCCCCGACCUACACCAACGGGGGGCAGGAGGCCCGGAAGGUGCGAGCGCUGUACGACUUUGAAGCGGCUGAAGACAACGAGCUGACCUUCAAAACCGGAGAACUUAUUCUGGUUUUGGACGACAGCGAUCCAAACUGGUGGAAAGGAGAGAACCACAGAGGAGUCGGGCUCUUUCCUUCCAACUUCGUCACAACCAAUCUGAACGCAGAGCCGGAGACAGUGGCUUUUAUUGAGAAGUCCUCUACUCCUGAAGAGACGAGCCUGGAAACCAGAGCAGAGCCUGAGCCCGUCUUCAUCGACGAGGGGAAGAUGGACAGCACGCUGGCUCUGCUGCAGAACGCAGAUCCUGCAGAUUCCACUCCUGACACCCAGGAUCUGAUCCAGCUGGAGGGUGCAUGUGAGCAGAUGAACCCGAUGAUCGAUGAGAAGCUGCAGGAGAUUGACAGGAAACACUCAGAGUUUUCGGAGCUGAAUGUGAAGGUGUUGGAGGCGCUGGAGCUUUACAACAAGCUGAUGAACGAGGCUCCGUUCUACUCGGCCUACUCUAAGAUGCAGACGCAGUAUGCUCCAGCCGGACCAGCUGUUGCUAUGCAGGGCUACAUGGGCCCGGCUGGCGGCCCCUACAUGCCCCCUGCGAUGCCUCAGGGUCCUCCUCUGCAGACCUACUCUCUGCCCAGCGACCAGCCCGGACAACUGCACUCGCUGCCCCCCAACGUCUCCGCCCCCCCCAACUGCCAAGCUGCUCAGCCUCCCUACAUGAGCAGUGGUAUGAACGCUCAGUACAUGAACCAGGUUCCCUACCCGCACCAGGGGGGCGUGGCCAUGGACAUGUCGACCUAUCACAACUCCAGCAUGCCUCCGGGGUCCUACCCUGUGGCGCCCCCCCCCCCACCAGCUCCCCAGCAGCAGCAGCAGCAGCAGCAGCAGCAGCAGCAGCAGGCGUACUAUCAGCAGCCUCUGCUCUAA